AUGGCCGAUGGAUUUUGUCGCGGUCGAGCGAUUUGGUCGGCCAAAUUCGUUUUGGCCGAGAGAAUUUCGGCCGAGGCCGAGCGAUGUUUCCCGGAUCGACCGGCACGGUCGGUCCGUUCCGAUACGAAAAUUUCGGCCGAUCGCGGCCUUUUUCCCGGUUCGUGCGUGUCGCGCGAACGGUUUCUGUCGCGCAAGAUAGGCCGAUUUCCUUCCCGGCUCGACCGGGUCGGCCAGAUGGAAUUGCUCGGCCAAAAUUCUUUGCGCGUCCGCGGCCAAUGUUUUGGCGCGGAUUGUGUUUUCACACCUUUUUCUCCUUCUAUCCUAUCUUAA